AAAAAAACCAAAAAAAUCCCCAAAAAAAUCAAGAGGGUUUGGGUUUUUGGAAUGGCGCAGAUUCAGGUCCAGCACCAGACUCCGGUGUCCGGCCCGAACGGUUCGGGAGGGAGCCAAUUCCCGGCAGCCUCGCUUUAUGUUGGGGAUCUGGACGUUAACGUCACCGAUUCGCAGCUAUACGAUCUGUUCAACCAGGUUGCUGCGGUCUUGUCGGUUAGGGUUUGCAGGGACUUGGCCACUCGUCGGUCUCUUGGAUAUGGCUAUGUAAACUACGCCAAUGCCCAGGACGCUGCAAGAGCAAUGGACGUGCUGAACUUCACCCCACUGAAUAACAAGCCCAUUAGAAUCAUGUAUUCUCAUCGGGACCCUAGCCUCCGUAAGAGUGGCACUGCAAACAUAUUUAUCAAGAAUCUGGACAAGUCCAUAGACCACAAAGCUUUGUAUGAGACAUUUUCUACAUUUGGAAACAUUCUUUCUUGCAAAAUUGCUACCGAUGCUUCUGGACAGUCCAAAGGCUAUGGUUUUGUACAAUUUGACAACGAGGAAUCUGCUCAAAAGGCAAUAGAUAAGUUGAAUGGAAUGCUGAUCAAUGAUAAGCAGGUCUUUGUGGGACACUUCCUUCGUAGGCAGGAAAGAGAUACUGCUUGGAAUAAGACAAAAUUCAACAAUGUUUAUGUCAAAAAUCUUUCUGAAUCAAUAACAGAUGAAGAUUUGAAGAAAAUUUUUAGUGAGUAUGGGGCAAUUACUAGUGCUGUAGUUAUGAGGGAUGCAGAUGGAAAGUCCAAGGGUUUUGGAUUUGUAAACUUUGACAAUGCUGAUGAUGCUGCUAAAGCUGUUGAAGCUCUAAAUGGAAAAAAAAUUGAUGAAAAGGAGUGGUAUGUUGGGAGAGCCCAGAAAAAAUCUGAAAGAGAACUUGAACUUAGAGGUCAGUUUGAGCAAAGUAUGAAGGAAGCUGCUGAUAAACUUCAGGGGGUAAAUUUGUACAUCAAGAAUUUGGAUGACAGCAUAGAUGAUGAAAAAUUGAAGGAGCUGUUUGCAGAGUUUGGUACAAUUACUUCAUGCAAGGUUAUGCGUGAUCCUAGUGGAAUCAGUAAGGGCUCUGGAUUUGUGGCGUUUUCAGCUCCUGAGGAAGCGUCUCACGCUCUUGCUGAGAUGAAUGGAAAAAUGGUUGUAAGCAAACCGCUAUAUGUUGCACUGGCACAGAGGAAAGAAGAGAGAAGAGCCAGGCUGCAGGCUCAGUUUUUGCAAAUGAGGCCACUUGCCAUGGCUCCCUCAGUUGCUCCGCGAAUGCCUAUGUAUCCUCCUGGUGCACCAGGUCUUGGCCAGCAAUUUUUAUAUGGACAAGCACCUCCAGCUAUAAUUACCCCCCAGGGUGGGUUUGGUUACCAACAGCAACUUGUUCCUGGGAUGAGGCCUGGUGGUGGGCCCAUUCCCAAUUUCUUUGUUCCCAUGGUCCCACCUGGCCAGCAGGGGCAGCGUCCAGGGGGGCGCCGUGGAGCAAGUCCUGUGCAACAUAACCAGCAACCAGUCCCAUUGAUGCAGCAACAGAUGCUUCCUAGGGGACGUGGGUAUCGUUAUCCACCUGGUCGCCACAUGCCUGAUGUUCCAUUACCGGGUGUUGCUGGAGGUAUGGUUUCCAUUCCAUAUGAAAUGGGUAGCAUGCCAAUUCGGGAUGCAGGUCCUAUCCCCAUUCAAGCUUUAGCAUCAGCUCUUACAAAUGCAACACCUGACCAACAAAGGAUGAUGAUGGGUGAAAGUUUGUACCCACUAGUGGAACAAUUGGAGCCUGAUGCAGCGGCAAAGGUCACAGGCAUGCUUCUUGAGAUGGACCAGCCGGAGGUAUUGCAUCUGCUGGAGUCACCCGAGGCCUUGAAGGCUAAAGUUGCAGAGGCCAUGGAGGUCCUGAGAAGUGUUUCAGCUCAGCAGCAGAGCAAUGGCACAGCUGAUCAGCUGGGUUCACUAUCCCUGAGUGACAACCUUGUCUCUUAGGCAAUAGAAUCUACUAUCAUGGCACUGAAUUCAUCCGAUAUUGUGGGGUUAUGUUAGUUUAUUUCAAGUUUGGAACUUUUAGCACUGAUAUUCUGAUAUUUUAUUUUUCUUGUCUGCUUGCUUGAACGACUUAUGUUUUGAACUGUUUGGAACCUCUAGUUUGACUCGAAUGGAAUGCUGUAUUAAUCAUAACGAUUUGGUUCGUAUUGAGGAAUCAUUAUCUUUACAUGGACGAUUACUUCGAAUUUGUCAUUCUGAGUUCUCGAUGAAUAUAUUCUUUAGCUUUUA